UUGGCCGGGCGAGGACUGUUUUGCAUCUCGUAUGUGAGCGGAUUGCUAAAAUGUCCCGCGCUGUUUCCCUCUCUAAUCUGGUCAAGGUUCAUUCCGCCGCGCCGGAUGGAGAUUGGUCAAAUUGGAUGCAGGGUGGGGGUCGGAAUAAGAAGCCGCACGUUAAAUCCCCUUUAACAGAUUAAUUAUCUUUAGGCAACAUCGUAUUGGACGAUAAACAAUGAAAUGAUAGAGAGUCCCCAAGGGGUGUCUCCUCAAUUUUAAUCCCCCUCUCUCUCUCUUUCUCCCUCACUCUUUCAAUCGCUCUCUCCUCCUCUCUCACUCACUCGCCCUCACUGAGAGCUCCUCUCCCAUCCAUCAACACGAGCGGCUCUCCACUGUCACCCGACAAGCGUUCAAUUAACGCCUAUUUAAUAUUUCAGAAUUACUCCCCUUUCCUGACACAUUUUGACUCAUUUUUUUGGGCAUGUCCCCAAGCUUUUUUUUUCCUCAGGAUGUUUUUGCAAGAGCAUCAGGCGUUGACUGCCGGCAGUAUACUUCUUUGAGUGGGUAAAUAUUUCACGAGCGGCGGAACACGAAAAGAGAAGCCUUCCAACGCGACUGUCAGAGGUGGAGGAGGGGCUCCGUUGACGGUGGACAAUGGCUGCCAUGACGACAGUACCCAGCUAUACCCCUUCACUGUGGGUGCGGAUGUGUCACGCUCUCCCGCGGCUGGACCUCACCAUGCAGAUGAGGGACAACCUUUUUGCCCCUGACAGCUGGGAGUACCAGCAGACCCUGCUGGUUUUGUCCAGCGUAUCAGCCAUCGCCCUCGUUAUCUCCCUCUUGGUGGUUCUGUCCUUCCUCAUACACUACUGCUGCUGUCACCGUGGCGACCGCGGCGAGGGAUCCGAAGAGGAGGAGGAGGACGAAGACGGCAGCACGGGUCACGGCUACAGCGGGAAGAAGGGUCGAGGAAUCUGCUGCGUCACGUGGGUGGCCGUGGCAUCCGUCACGUUGUGCUGUGUUGCCAUAGGCAUCGGUUUCUAUGGCAACAGCGAGGCUAAUGAUGGGAUGUAUCAGUUGACCUCGUCUCUUCUCACAGCCAAUUACACGCUAGCUUCCAUCGAUUUGCUGAUCUCAGACACCAUCAAUGGCCUGCAGCUGUCCGUUUCGGGCCCCCUGACCACAAUGGAGGAGAUGUUUACGGGCAGCAAACCCUUCCUGGUUUCCACGCGCAACUGCCGGAGGUUAUCCGAGAACGUCAUCAACCUCCUCUCCUCCAUCUCCGUGGCCCGCUCGGGUCUGGACGCGGGGUUCAAUGACAGCGCCGUUAGUGGGGCCUCUAUAAUACCUUUGACCCCCGUGCCACCCUCGGCGGCCCCCACGGUUGCGCCAACGGGCGGCCUCUUGCCCGGCCCCUUUUCACCUGGCUGGGCAGCAAACACCUUAAUGAUGAACGAAGAUUACAGGUGGUUGUCAUACGUCAUGCUGCUGCUCCUUGACCUCAUUGUGUGUCUCUUCAUCCUGCUGGGACUGGCCAAGCAAGCGCGAUGGCUGCUCAUUUUGAUGACAGUGCUGGCGUGGCUUGCGCUCUUCCUAAGCUGGGGUUCGCUGGGUUUGGAGACGGCCACAGUUGUGGCCCUCAGUGACUUCUGCACCGAUCCAAACAUGUUUGUGCUCAACUCCACUAAUUUCAACACGGGGACCAGCUCAGAUGUGCUGGAUUAUUACCUGACCUGCAGUCGACGCAUGAACAGCCCAUUCCAGCAGCUCCUCACUCAGUCACAAAGGGCGCUGUCCAACAUCCACACGCACCUUUCCAGCGUCGAACGUAACGCCCUCACGCAGUUCCCUAAAGCCGAGAAAUCACUCAGGGAUGUUCAACAGAUUCUCAACAGCACAGAGGGCAACUUCCAUCAACUGGUGGCGCUUCUGAACUGCCGAGGCCUCAACAAGGACUACAUCGACUCACUGAAAGGCUUGUGCUAUGAUGGGAUGGAAGGACUGCUUUACCUCUCCCUUUAUUCGUUCCUCUCAGCUCUGGCCUUCACUGCCAUUCUCUGCUCUCUGCCUGGUGCCUGGAGGAGCUUCCCCAGCGAUUCGGAAGAGUACGAAGACUCGGACAGCGAGAGUGAGGACCCCUUCACCUCCCAUCAGGCACGUAGACAGACGGCCUCUGGGUCUCAACGCGGGGCCCCCUUCUAUAAUUACCCGGGGGCCGGGUGGACACCCCCCUUUUCUAGCGCGCCGCCCCUCCCGACUCCAAACGUUUCCUCCAAUGGCAACCCUGGCUAUGAGAGCCUCCCCUUGACUGACAGGCAGUCCCCACCCCCUUCUUACUCUCCCAGCAUGCUGACUGGUUACGGGGGAAGUCAAUCACAUUCCAACCCUGCCCAUUCAAGAAACCUGUAUUCACGUUGAUAUUUUUCUUUUCUUAGGAAAUGUAUAGAGGAAGAAAACAAAUGUUUAGUUUUCAUAUGAACGGACACUUUAAAACCAACGGAAACUAAUCUUAAAAAAAACCUCAAGGCUUUAGUGUUGCGUAUAACGUCGGUACCACUGAAUAUUAUUGUUCUGACAAUUCUGAUUAUUAGAAGCACUUAUGAGAAAAAAAAUAAAUAAAUAAAGCAGGAGCGAAAAGGACUGUGGACACGCUGGUAGGAUGUGAAACCAAACCCUCCCCUUGUU